GGGGAGAAGGGGAAACAAAUCCCCACCGCCGCCACCGAGGACCAGGCGGCCGGGCGGCCUCUUCCCUCACGCGCCGGCCUCCUCGGCCCGCCUCGGCCCGCCGGCGACCCCUCCGAGCUCGGCCCGGCCCGGCGCGGCCGCCGCCUCCUGCAUGUCUUUCCCGCCCUCCGCCCCGCCGCCGCCUCAGCCCCGCCGACGGACGCCCCCGGGGCUGGAUGCGGACUAACAGGGAUGCCAAAGGAAAAAUAUGAUCCUCCAGAUCCUCGCAGAAUUUACACCAUCAUGUCAGCAGAGGAGAUAGCCAAUGGGAAGAAGUCCCAUUGGGCAGAAUUGGAAAUCUCGGGUAGGGUGCGGAGCUUAAGCACGUCACUUUGGUCACUAACGCACUUGACUGCUCUACACCUCAACGACAACUAUCUGACUCGCAUUCCGCCUGAUAUUGCCAAGCUUCAUAAUCUGGUUUACCUGGAUCUUUCAUCCAACAAACUCAGAAGUUUACCAGCAGAACUAGGAAACAUGGUAUCUCUCAGGGAAUUGCUUUUAAACAACAAUUUGUUACGAGUUUUGCCUUACGAACUUGGUCGGCUCUUUCAGCUGCAAACACUAGGUUUGAAAGGCAAUCCUUUAUCACAAGAUAUUCUCAGCCUGUACCAGGACCCAGAUGGGACACGGAAAUUAUUGAACUACAUGCUUGACAAUCUAGCAGUUCAUCCAGAGCAGCUGCCUCCAAGGCCGUGGAUUACAUUAAAAGAACGAGACCAAAUUCUGCCCUCAGCUUCGUUUACCGUCAUGUGUUACAACGUGUUGUGUGAUAAAUAUGCCACCCGACAGCUCUAUGGCUACUGCCCAUCCUGGGCGUUAAACUGGGAGUACAGGAAAAAGGGAAUCAUGGAAGAAAUUGUUAACUGGGAUGCAGAUAUCAUUAGCCUUCAGGAAGUAGAAACCGAGCAAUACUUCACCCUCUUUCUGCCAGCAUUAAAAGAGCGUGGAUAUGAUGGAUUUUUUUCUCCAAAGUCACGUGCCAAAAUCAUGUCCGAGCAGGAACGGAAGCAUGUGGACGGUUGUGCAAUAUUCUUCAAAACAGAAAAGUUCACAUUGGUGCAGAAGCACACAGUUGAGUUCAACCAAGUAGCGAUGGCCAACUCAGAAGGAUCGGAAGCUAUGCUGAACAGAGUGAUGACGAAGGACAACAUUGGAGUGGCUGUCGUGUUAGAGGUGCACAAAGAACUGUUUGGAGUUGGUAUGAAGCCGCUUCACACAGUAGACAACCAGCUGUUUAUUAUAGCAAAUGCCCAUAUGCAUUGGGACCCUGAAUUUUCAGAUGUAAAACUUGUCCAGACCAUGAUGUUUGUCUCCGAAUUGAAAAGUAUCCUCGAGAAAGCCUCCGGCAGGCCUGGAAGCCCGACAGCAGAUUUGAGCUCCAUCCCUCUGGUGCUGUGUGCAGAUCUGAACUCGCUGCCUGAUUCAGGUGUUGUGGAAUAUUUAAGCAAUGGGAUAGUAGCUGACAACCACAAGGACUUCAAAGAGUUGCGAUACAACGAAUGUCUCAUGAACUUCAGCGGCAAUGGGAAGAAUGUGGCUCCGGAAGGGAGGAUCACGCACGGUUUCCAGCUCAAGAGCGCCUAUGAAAACAACUUGAUGCCUUAUACAAAUUACACCUUUGAUUUCAAAGGUGUGAUUGACUACAUUUUUUAUUCCAAUAACCACAUGAACGUGCUGGGUGUCCUGGGGCCGCUGGACCCUCAGUGGCUCGUGGAGAACAACAUCAGCGGGUGCCCCCACCCUCACAUCCCUUCCGACCACUUCUCACUGUUGACACAGCUCGAGCUCCACCCGCCCUUCCUGCCUCCGAUCAACGGCAUCCACUUGCCUACCAGGAGGUAGUGCAGUCCUGCCCCGCCCCCCGCCGGAGGGCCGGAACCUGUUCACUUGUUUUAUGGACCUGUACAGUUGUAAAUCAAAGUAUGUAGGAGUGAAGUAUGGCAAACAUUUUAAAAAGCUGCUGCUUCAAGCUCCUUUCAUUAUGUGUUUUGAUGAUACGACUUUUGCACAUUUUUGGGUGCACAUUGGUACCAUUUGGCACUAGGGCUGGAACCAAAGUUGUUGUUUGUUCCCUUUCCGGGUUUUUUUUUUGUUUUUAAGAGAUCUCUCUGUCUAUAUAUCUAUAUAUUUUAAACUGGCAGGCUUUUAUUUGUUUCAUAGGGAAGCUGCCUUUAUAAAUGGACAAAUCAGCCGGGAAGAUUUGCAGAUACAUAUACAUCCGCAGCGAAUGCUUUUUUUACUCCCCCCUCAGACUCCAGCGAAAACGAGUCGUCCCUCCUUCUCCCAAACGUCCCUUUUUAUUUUGCUUUUU